UGAAGCGGUCGGUGCUGAGUUUCUGCUGGGGUCUGGGUCCUGCCACCGGAUUCCCCCAUCGGUUUUGGGAAGGUUGAAUGUUGAAUGGUUCGGCUUUGUAACUGGGAACACACACACUAAAUACUGAGAGAAGCCUCCGCUCCCUUCGUACCCUUCUUUUUUCUCCCCCAAGGCCCCUGCAUGUCUAAUAUUUAGACAUGUUCAGCUUUGUGGAUUCGAGGACUCUAUUGCUACUUGUAGCAACCCAAGUUUUUCUAUUAGCCGUUGUGAGAUGUCAGGAGGACGACCAGGAGGAUCCUUUUAGCUGUGUACAAGACGGACAACGCUAUAGCGACAAAGAUGUAUGGAAACCAGAGCCUUGUCGUAUCUGUGUGUGUGACACGGGAACUGUCCUGUGCGACGACAUUAUCUGCGAGGAGCUAAAAGACUGCCCCAAACCUGAAAUCCCAUUUGGAGAGUGUUGCCCCAUCUGCGCAGCUGACCAGGCUCCACCAAGUGGUCGAGCACCUGGAGCUAAGGGUCAGAAAGGCGAACCUGGAGACAUUACCGAUGUUGUAGGACCAAGAGGACCACCUGGCCCUAUGGGCCCACCGGGAGAGCAGGGACCACGCGGAUCAAGAGGAGAGAAAGGCGAGAAGGGAAGCCCCGGUCCCCGUGGCAGAGAUGGCGAGCCUGGUACCCCCGGAAACCCCGGCCCCCCUGGACCUCCAGGACCUAAUGGACCCCCUGGCCUUGGUGGAAACUUUGCUGCUCAGAUGGCUGGUGGAUUCGACGAGAAGGCUGGCGGCGCCCAGAUGGGUGUGAUGCAAGGACCAAUGGGCCCUAUGGGUCCUAGAGGACCACCUGGCCCCACUGGAGCACCUGGCCCACAAGGUUUCCAAGGCAACCCAGGAGAGCCUGGAGAGCCUGGACAAUCUGGCCCCAUGGGUCCCCGUGGCCCCCCUGGACCUUCUGGCAAACCUGGAGAUGAUGGUGAGGCUGGCAAACCCGGCAAAUCUGGUGAGCGUGGACCAUCUGGACCUCAGGGAGCUCGUGGAUUCCCAGGAACUCCUGGUCUGCCCGGGAUCAAGGGACACAGAGGCUAUCCAGGUCUUGAUGGUGCAAAGGGAGAGACUGGAGCUGCUGGUGCCAAGGGCGAGUCUGGCGCUCCUGGAGAGAACGGCGCUCCCGGACCAAUGGGACCUCGUGGUUUGCCUGGUGAGAGAGGCCGUCCUGGACCUUCUGGAGCUGCUGGUGCUCGUGGAAAUGAUGGUUUGCCCGGUCCUGCUGGUCCUCCUGGCCCCGUCGGUCCUGCUGGAGCUCCAGGCUUCCCUGGCUCUCCUGGUGCUAAGGGAGAAGCUGGCCCCACUGGUGCCCGUGGACCUGAGGGUGCUCAGGGGCCCCGCGGAGAGUCUGGUACUCCAGGAUCAUCCGGACCCGCUGGCGCAUCUGGUAACCCUGGUACCGAUGGUAUCCCCGGAGCUAAAGGAUCAGCUGGUGCCCCUGGUAUUGCUGGUGCUCCUGGUUUCCCUGGACCUCGUGGGCCUCCUGGGCCUCAGGGAGCAACUGGACCUCUUGGGCCCAAAGGAACAUCUGGAGACCCUGGUAUUCCAGGGUUCAAGGGAGAGGCUGGACCCAAAGGAGAAAUUGGACCAGCUGGUCCUCAGGGAGCCCCUGGCCCGGCAGGAGAAGAGGGUAAGAGAGGACCCAGGGGAGAGCCCGGCUCUGCUGGACCACGUGGACCUCCUGGAGAGAGAGGAGCUCCUGGUAACCGUGGUUUCCCUGGUCAAGAUGGUCUGGCUGGUCCCAAGGGAGCUCCUGGUGAGCGUGGACCCCCUGGUGCUGGUGGUCCUAAGGGUGCUAACGGUGACCCUGGUCGUCCUGGAGAGCCUGGUCUGCCUGGUGCCAGGGGUCUCACUGGACGUCCUGGUGAUGCUGGUCCUCAAGGAAAAGUUGGACCCUCUGGAGCGGCUGGUGAGGAUGGUCGCCCUGGACCCCCUGGUCCCCAGGGAGCCCGUGGACAGCCUGGUGUCAUGGGAUUCCCCGGACCCAAAGGAGGCACUGGAGAGGGUGGCAAGCCUGGUGAGAAAGGACUUCUCGGUGCCCCUGGUCUGAGAGGUCUGCCUGGUAAGGAUGGUGAAACCGGCGCCGCUGGACCCCCUGGCCCUGCUGGUCCUGCUGGAGAGAGAGGAGAGCAAGGACAGCCUGGACCCCCAGGUUUCCAGGGUCUGCCUGGACCUCCUGGCCCCCCUGGUGAGGGAGGCAAGCCUGGAGACCAGGGUGUUCCCGGAGAGGGUGGAGCUGCUGGUGCAACUGGACCCAGAGGUGAGCGUGGUUUCCCAGGAGAGAGAGGAGGCGCUGGUCCUCAGGGUCUGCAGGGACCUCGUGGUCUGCCUGGAACACCUGGAACUGACGGACCCAAGGGAGCCAUUGGACCUGCUGGUGCCCCUGGAGCCCAGGGCCCACCCGGUCUGCAGGGUAUGCCUGGAGAGAGAGGAACCUCAGGUAUCCCUGGACCCAAAGGAGACAGAGGUGACAAUGGAGAGAAAGGACCUGAGGGUGCUCCUGGCAAAGACGGUUCCAGAGGUCUCACUGGUCCCAUUGGUCCUCCUGGUCCCGGUGGUCCCAAUGGUGAGAAGGGUGAAUCUGGUCCUUCUGGCCCUCCUGGUGCUCCUGGUACCCGUGGUGCUCCUGGUGACAGGGGUGAGACUGGACCUCCUGGACCUGCUGGAUUUGCUGGACCUCCUGGUGCCGACGGCCAGCCUGGAGCCAAGGGAGAGCAGGGAGAAGGCGGACAGAAGGGUGACGCUGGUGCCCCUGGACCCCAAGGACCAUCUGGUGCCCCUGGACCUGCAGGUCCUACAGGUGUUUCUGGACCUAAAGGUGCUCGUGGUGCUCAGGGACCUCCUGGUGCGACUGGUUUCCCUGGUGCUGCUGGAAGAGUUGGACCACCUGGUCCCAAUGGUAAUCCUGGACCUGCUGGCCCCGCCGGCCCUCCUGGUAAAGACGGACCCAAGGGUGUGAGGGGAGAUGGCGGCCCCCCAGGAAGACAAGGUGAUCCUGGACUCCGUGGUCCUGCUGGUGCCGCAGGAGAGAAGGGAGAUCCUGGAGAGGAUGGUCCCCCUGGUCCCGACGGUCCCUCAGGUCCUCAGGGUCUGGCUGGCCAGCGUGGUAUUGUGGGUCUGCCUGGUCAGCGCGGUGAGAGAGGUUUCCCCGGCCUGCCUGGACCUUCUGGUGAGCCUGGUAAGCAGGGAGCUCCUGGUGGCAGUGGCGACCGUGGACCCCCUGGACCUGUUGGACCUCCUGGACUGACUGGACCCGCUGGAGAGCCUGGCAGAGAGGGUAACCCUGGAUCUGAUGGCCCCCCUGGCAGAGAUGGUGCCACCGGAAUCAAGGGUGACCGUGGUAACACUGGCCCUGCUGGUGCUCCCGGUGCUCCAGGUGCUACUGGUGCUCCCGGCCCAGUCGGUCCCACUGGUAAACAGGGAGACAGAGGAGAGGCUGGCGCCCAAGGGCCUGCUGGACCUUCAGGACCCGCUGGAGCUAGAGGAAUGGCUGGACCCCAAGGACCCCGUGGUGAUAAGGGAGAGGCUGGAGAGGCUGGUGAGAGAGGACAGAAGGGACACAGAGGCUUCACCGGUCUGCAGGGUCUGCCUGGACCUCCCGGUCAAGCUGGAGACCAGGGUGCUACCGGACCUUCUGGACCUGCCGGAGCAAGAGGACCACCUGGACCUGUUGGCCCCGCUGGAAAGGAUGGUUCCAACGGCCUGCCAGGACCCAUCGGACCCCCUGGACCUCGUGGUCGCUCGGGAGAGACUGGUCCUUCUGGUCCUCCUGGAAACCCUGGACCCCCCGGUCCUCCUGGUCCUCCUGGCCCUGGCAUCGAUAUGUCUGCCUUCGCUGGCCUGUCUCAGCCUGAAAAGUCACCCGAUCCUCUGCGGUACAUGAGAGCUGACCAGGCCUCCGGAAACCUCCGCCAGCACGACGCUGAGGUCGACGCCACCCUCAAGUCCCUUAACAACCAGAUUGAGAACAUCCGCAGCCCUGAGGGGUCCAAGAAGAACCCCGCUCGCACCUGCAGAGACCUGAAGCUCUGCCACCCUGACUGGAAGAGCGGAGAGUACUGGAUCGACCCUAACCAGGGCUGCACCAUUGAUGCCAUCAAGGUCUUCUGCAACAUGGAGACUGGGGAGUCCUGCGUCUACCCCAAGCCCUCUGGCAUCCCACGCAAGAACUGGUGGUCCAGCAAGAGCAAGGACCGCAAACACAUCUGGUUCGGAGAGACAAUGAAUGGAGGAUUCCACUUCAGCUAUGGCGAUGACAGCCUGGCACCCAACACUGCUGCCAUCCAGAUGACUUUCCUGAGACUGCUGUCUACCGAGGCUUCCCAGAACCUCACCUACCACUGUAAGAACAGUGUGGCCUACAUGGACGCCUCAACGGGCAACCUGAAGAAGGCCGUGCUGUUGCAGGGCUCCAAUGACGUGGAGAUCAGAGCCGAGGGCAACAGCCGCUUCACUUACAGCGUGAUGGAGGACGGCUGCACGAAACACACAGGACAGUGGGGCAAGACAGUGAUUGAAUACAGAUCGCAGAAGACCUCUCGUCUGCCCAUCGUGGACAUUGCCCCCAUGGAUAUCGGUGGAGCAGACCAGGAGUUUGGAGUCGACGUCGGGCCAGUCUGCUUCUUGUAAAGAACGAGGGAUCGAGACAGAAAGAAGAAGUGGAAAUUUAAAAGAAAAAAAAACAAAAAAACAAAAAGAUGAGAGAGGAACACGCUUCAAAUGAGGAAGAGAGAAAGAAGAGAAAAGGAAAGAUCAAGACACUUUUUUUAAAAUGGGACUUUUUUUCUAAGUAAAAAGUGCUUUUCCAAGUCGUACUCCACAGGAUAUCUGCACUGAAUGGCACCAGUACCUGUCAUCUGUGAUUCAUCCAGCAUUGACUCCAGUCACCCCCCACCCCCACCCCCUCCAGCCCCUUAAGGACAUCCAGUGUACCCCAGAGCCCCACCCUGGGUGAGGGUGAACAGUAACCCACCCACCCCCCCAUGAACAAGAGGGAGGAAGUAUGAGGAGUGUGAGGGAACAUGCCAGGGAUCUAGGGUGAAAAAAAUAUGUUGGCGUUAUUUAUUUAUUGUUUAGGUUUGGGUCCCAGGUGUGUUAGGACUAAGUGUGUUGCUAAGUAAAAAAAAAAAAAAAGCCCACU